UAUAUUUUACGUGAAUUAGUUUCUUGAAAACCAGAUAAAUUAAUAGAAUUAAUAAUUUUAUUGACAUUCUGCGAUAUUUAGCCUUUAGCGUUGGUAACACUUUGAGGAAAAACAGUGAGUGAUGUGAUUGUGUAGUGUGAUGUGUUCAUCGUCGUAAAGUGUUAAUCGUAAUUAUUAAUUUUAGAUUGAAUCACUUACGAAAUCAUAGAAAUUGUUUACAAUGGCGACGUCCAGUGAAACGUCGGAACAAAAUGUGAAAUCCAGGCGUCCUGCAGAAUCUGCAUUUAAACAGCAACGUUUGCCUGCCUGGCAGCCUAUUCUUACUGCGGGAACUGUUCUGCCAACGUUUUUUGUAAUAGGCAUUGCGUUUAUUCCCGUUGGAAUAGGAUUACUCUACUUUUCUGAUGAGGUAAAAGAACAUGUAAUAGAUUACACACGUUGCCUGAAAGAAGGAGAAAAUAUAACAUGUGCGGAUUAUAUCAAACGGACUGAUAUGAAACAUUGCACUUGCCGCCUCCCAUUCAAUUUGACUGAGGACUUCAAGGGAGAUGUCUACUUUUACUAUGGUCUCAGCAACUACUAUCAAAAUCAUCGACGAUAUGUCAAGUCAAGGGAUGACAGCCAGCUACUGGGCCGCCUGUCUCUGACGCCUUCAACUGACUGCUUGCCGUUUGCAUAUGCUAUGGAGGAUGGGAAAGAAAAACCUGUGGCCCCAUGUGGUGCUAUAGCCAACUCUCUGUUCAAUGAUACGCUGACGGUGUUCUCUCAUAUCUCGAAUUCAAACGUGCCGGUGCUGCGCACAGGGAUCGCUUGGGACUCUGACAAGCAAAUCAAGUUCAGGAACCCCCCUGGAGAUCUUAAGACAGCUUUCGCAAAUUUCACGAAGCCUGAAAAUUGGCGAGUCAAUGUCUGGGAGUUGGACCCUAACGACACUGAAAACAAUGGAUUUCAGAACGAGGACCUAAUAGUAUGGAUGCGCACGGCGGCGCUGCCCACGUUCCGCAAGCUGUACAGGCGCGUCGACCACAAGGAGCUCGGCUACAGCACUGGACUCGCCAAAGGAGCAUACGAACUCAUCGUAGAUUACAACUAUCCGGUAACUGACUUUGACGGUACCAAGUCGUUCAUAAUAUCGACGACGUCCUUGCUGGGAGGGAAGAAUCCAUUCUUGGGCGUGGCCUAUGUCGUGGUGGGAACUUUGUGCUUACUGCUGGGCAUCGUACUACUCGUCAUUCAUGUCAAGUGCUCCAAGAGCACCACGGAGAUGAUCAACGUGAACCCGCGCACGCCAUACUCGUAAACUGUGACGUCAUCAGGUGACUUAUCGUUAUGAGAUUAUAUUUAUAAUUAUUAUCUAUCCAAAACCAAAUAAACAGUAAACACUGUUCAUUUAUUAUUAUUUUCUAAAAGAAAAAUUACUUCACUCGAUCAAACCUUGCUAUUGAUUUUUUAACGACGAACUUCGAUAUUUUGUCGAUAGUGUAUAGCGAAUGUCGAUAAUUUCAGUCUGUUCAAUUUUAUCGAAUAUUAGGUUCAAACUUAAUGUUUUUUUAUAUAUUUGAUAAUGCAUAUAGACCAUCAGCAUAUGCAUGUUUUUUAUAUAUUUGAUUGCGUUAAAGGCAAAAUAAAGUUAUCACGACAGUCAUUAUUAUCGACAUAUUAAAAUUGUAUUUAUCAAUGCACGAUUACUUGAUGGUAUGACGUUUAAUAAAGUAUUUUAAUCCUAUAUUAAUGCUGAUUUAAAACUGUUUGCAUCCCAUAAUACCUUUUUAAUACUACAUAUUUCGAAAUAUCGAUAUGUUUUCUGGAUUAAUUAACAUUCUUUACGAUUUUUCCAGUUCAAUUCUCGGCUCCGUCAAAGUAUUAUUGAGAUUCUUAGUAAAAUUACAGUAUUGAAUUGUAUUUAAUGUUUUUCAAGAAUAUUAUCGAAACUCAGAAGCCUUUUUUAAUUUGACAUUCCUGAUCGUUAUCUUAACGAUUAGAUUUGUCAAAGUUGUAGGUUUUUAUUUUACUUUAAUGCAAUCAGAUAUAAUCAUAAUAAUAUGUAUAUUCAACUUGCCUGAAUCGAGUCUAUAAUGUAGAAUGCGUUAGGUAUUUUUUAUAUGUGAUAAACUAUUGUUAUGAUUUCGUUAAUUUUAUGCAAUAUUAAUGUUAUUUAAUUUAGAAAGGAAUGUUAGUUGUGUUGUAGCGAAUAACAAAAUACAUAGACAUGUGUAAUUGUAUUAAUAAAUAAUGUAUUUGGAGUAAAUUUCAUCUUAGUGCAGUAGGUUUUCUAAAAUGUUAAAUUACAAGACAGUUGUUAAGAUACCACAGUUGUUUCUUACUCCUGGUAAUUUUUCACGUUUUGUUUGAACUUUCACGUAAUCCACGGGUUGGAUAGAUUGUGUAUCAGUCUCACGUCAGCCGCUGUAUCAUAAUACAACAAAAAAUAUAUUGUGUCUUGGUUAGACCUAUGUUCCGACAAACCAAGAGUUAAGUAAUUGAACAAGAAGAAGGUAUGCUGUCAUGACACCUGACAAGAGAGAAUGGAAGGUAAACAGAUGUCAUUAUCUUGACUGCAAGUAACUUCGAAUACAACCUGGUAGAAAAUUAUUUUUACUCAUUCAGGGGAUCUCCUGUACAAGCGACCUUAAUACAUGGUAUAGCUAAAAGAUAACAAAUAAAUACCCUUUAUCAAUGUAUCGUUGUAGAAUCUUGUUAUUUUAUCAAGUUACAGUAAAUUUUCGUAUUAUCAAUAUUUAUUCGGAUCGAUGUAAUUGCCACUUUGGUAAAUCUCUGAUAACAUUGUUGUAAAUUCGUCAACUGAUUAGUGUUUUUUUGAAUAUUUCAAAGUAUUUUUUUAUUGUUGAGCUGGCAUGAUAAUUGGUAAUUUUUGAAAACUGUUAACAUGAAAAUAAUAAAACUUACAUUUGUGUACUUAAAAUUUUCGCCAAGGUCAUUGUUUCAGAUUCUGCUAGCCCACUCCUGGGUUCGAUAACCUAACCCUAGUCGGGCAAGAUAAGUCCUUGACCUGUUAAAAUUUUUUAUAUACAAGAUAAAGUUACUUAAAGAUACAUUGGUGCCAAUAGCUAAAAACUGUGGCUAUUUCAGAAUGAAAGAAAAAGACGAUCUAUGUAAUAUUUUCUAUCUUAAUCUUAAACUGUUGUUUAAAUAUUUACCAGUUACAGGUUAAACCUUUAACUUUAAGGAAUAUAAAUAGUAUUGAUGAUAUAUGAUAUAGAAUAUAGAUAUUGUAUGGACUCCCGUUUAUAGUUAUUUAAAUUAUAGCAAACUAAAAUAUUUCCGUGAAACAAUCCGUUUUAUCCAGUACAAAACUUAAUAAUUCUGCUACUAUUUUAUAACGACUUAUAAUAAAAGUAGUUGAUUUGAGAACCUCCGAAUUAUUAAUUAACGUUCGUCUAAAAACAUUCAUUCAAUAUUUUUUGGAUCAACGUAGGCUCUAUCUAUACAAUGUCUAUAUUACCUCAAUAUAUAUAUUUUAGUUUAGUUAAAAAGUGCCUUUAUAUUAUAUUAUACUAUAAUUAGAUGCUUUGUAUUUCUCUGUCGCUACUUAUAGUACUUUAUCUCACGUUUAAGUAUUAUGCUAUUUAUUAAUAUAAAGAUUGAUUGUAGUUGCGUAAAUGCUAUAUUUUACUGAAGAAACUAGCUUCCCGCUCGCGGCUUUACAAGCGUGGUGUAGGAGGAUGUUAUUACACAUAUAAGUCCUCUUGAAUCGCUCUAUUUAUGAAAAAAUCCGCAUUAAAAUCCAUUGCGCAGUUUUAACAAUUCAUGCAUGACAGACGGACAGCGAAAAGCGACUUUGUUUUUACUAUAUAGUGAAAAUGAUGUUUAAUAAUAGCCUAGAAGUUGUCUAUGUUUCUGACAAAAUAAACAAUGACUUUUCAAUAAUAAGUUUUAAACUUUAUUACAAAGGUGUAUGGUUCAAAAUGUAAUCUUAUUGCAAUUAAAAAUCUUGCACAAUAUUCACAAAAAAUAGUACAAAUUGAUAAAAUGUAGCAUUUACACAGCUGUUUAUAAAAUAAUUAUUAUCAUUGGAUUCAUAACAUUCUGAUAAUUUCUUAAUUAAAGAAAUCUUUGCAUCAUUCACUGAUUGUGUUGUCCCCUGUGUCAUGGUACCGGGUUUGUGAGCGUUGAUACCGGGUAGGUACUUAAUUUUAUACGGUCUAUUAGUUCGAUGGUUCGUAUAAGACGGAACACCGAAGUGGUGUUUAGUCAAUAAGGGUCUAACGGUUCCUUUUGUGUCCUCUUUAGGCGACUAUGAGAAUGUUCCACUUUGGAGUCAAAAGUUAUAACCGAGUUAGAGGCUUAAGAUUCGAUUCAAAUCCGACAAAUUACAUUAGGUGUUGAAAUUUUGAAAUACCCGGUGCUUACUAAACUAUAAGGGGAUUAAAAAUUAUUAUUAUCUACAGCAAACUGUACAUUAACUUCUGUUUAAACCUUUAUGUUGUGUCUUCAUCAUUUUAUAGAAAAUUGGCAAACUCAUGAUUUACUUUAGUUGUCUAUAGUCAUGUAAACAACAAUGCAUUUAAUUCGCUUCACAUAUUUUGUACCCACUUAUCUAAAACUAUGCUUAAAUAAUAAUCUUACCUUUGUAUGAAAGCACGAAAUUUUUUUAAUGUGAACUUAGAAUUAGUUGAAUAAAUGUUUAG